CGAAGUAAUUUUUUUCCCCAAUUUGGUGGAUAUGGGGUGCAUCGUAUGCUUCGAUAUUUACAAUGGUUGACUGGUGUGAAUCUCAAGAAAAUUGCAUCGAAGGGUUCAAAUUUAAGAAUUAUGAUUUCCUACUCAGCAUAAUACUGUCAGCAAGUUCUUCUGCACAAUACCACUGUUCUCCCCGUUGGCAGAUUACAAAUUUCGAAUUUUUGUCUGAAACUAAUUGUAAAGAAAAGAAAGAAAGCAAAUGGAGAAGAUUGGGAAGAGAUUUGAAGGGAAGGUGGCUGUAGUCACGGCUUCGACCCAGGGCAUCGGCUUCGGCAUCGCGGAACGACUCGGCUUGGAAGGUGCCUCCGUUGUUAUCUCCUCCCGCAGACAAAAAAAUGUAGAUGCAGCAGUAGAUAAACUUAAGGCUCGAGGAAUUGAAGCGUUCGGGGUAGUUUGCCAUGUGUCAAAUGCUCAGCAAAGAAAGGAUUUGAUAGAACAAACUCUUCAGAGAUAUGGGAAAAUAGAUGUGGUCGUGUCAAAUGCUGCUGCCAACCCGGCUGUGGAUUCCAUUUUGGAAACAAAAGAAUCAGUCCUUGAUAAAUUAUGGGAGAUCAAUGUGAAAGCCUCUGUACUUCUUCUACAAGAGGCAGCUCCUCACUUGAAGAAGGGUUCAUCCGUUGUUCUCAUUUCUUCCAUAGCUGCUUACCAUCCACCUGCAGCCUUGGCUAUGUAUGGGGUGACCAAAACAGCCCUGCUUGGGCUUACCAAGGCACUUGCAGCCGAGAUGGCCCCAAAUACACGUGUAAAUUGUGUUGCACCUGGUUUUGUUCCAACACAUUUUGCCUCAUUCCUCACAACAGAUGAAAGCAUGAAGAAGGGUCUUGAGGAGAAAACACUGCUCAAUAGGCUUGGAACCACGCAAGACAUGGCUGCAGCAGCUGCGUAUUUGGCUUCUGAUGAUGCUUCUUACGUUACUGGAGAAAUUUUGGUAGUUGCUGGAGGAAUGCCUUCGAGACUGUAAUUUCUUCGAAUCUGAAGCUAUGAACCUUUCCGUGACAACAUAUACAUAAAAACCUUACUUGUGUACUCGAUGUCUAUCACAGCUCCAAAUAAAACAUUUGCCUAUAAGUUAGAAGAAGGCACCAAGAUUCCGUCCAACAACCCUUGUGACAUUUAGGGCAUGUUGGUCAUGCAGUGUUAGACCAGAACAAACAAUAUGCUGAACAAGACUUCGAUUUCCAUUUCACUUUGUAAUACGUUGCAGUGUUGGUCUAUCAACCUUGACAAGCAUGAAAUCUUCAUGGUAUUAUGUCAUGGAUCAGCUGUUAAUUAUUGUGGUUUAUCAUAUUCUUUCCAAUAAUUUUCAGUACUAUAUCUUUCACCAAGAACUGAGUUUCCUGUAUUCUAUGAAUUCAUGGGAUUCUAGAGUUUGAAAUAAACACCAUUAUAUAGCAGUGUCA